AUGGGGGUUGCCAGCAUGGAACCGAACAUCUCCCCUCCUGACAACGCUGCACAGCAAGACUCUCUCUUCAGCAUGACAGACGUGUUUCUCAUCUCGCUCAUCACCGGGCUUUUUACUUACUGGUUCUUCUUCCGCAAGAAAAAAGAGGAAGUCCCAGACCUCCCCAAAAUUCAAUCAGUAGCAGCUCCAGUGAGAGACAGCAGCUUCAUUGAGAAGAUGAAGAAGACGGGGCGAAACAUAGUGGUUUUCUAUGGUUCACAAACAGGUACAGCAGAGGAGUUUGCCAAUCGUCUCUCCAAAGACGCUCAUCGCUAUGGCCUCCGGGGCAUGGCAGCGGAUCCAGAGGAGUAUGACUUGUCAGACCUGAGUCGCCUCUCUGAGAUCGACAAGUCCUUAGCUGUGUUCUGCAUGGCCACUUACGGCGAGGGUGAUCCCACAGACAAUGCCCAAGACUUCUAUGACUGGCUGCAGGAGGCUGACACUGACUUGUCAGGUCUCCGAUUUGCAGUCUUUGGGCUGGGGAACAAGACUUAUGAGCACUUCAAUGCCAUGGGAAAGUAUGUGGACAAGAGACUGGAGGAGCUUGGAGCCCAACGCAUCUUUGAACUUGGGCUGGGAGAUGACGAUGGCAACUUGGAAGAAGACUUCAUCACCUGGAGAGAGCAGUUCUGGCCAGCGGUGUGUGAGCACUUUGGGGUGGAGGCUACAGGAGAAGAGUCCAGCAUCCGCCAGUAUGAGCUGGUGGUGCACACAGAUGUGAACAUGAAUAAAGUCUACACCGGUGAGAUGGGUCGUCUCAAGAGCUAUGAGAACCAGAAGCCACCAUUUGACGCCAAGAACCCCUUCCUGGCCCAGGUUACAGAGAACCGCAAGCUGAAUGAGGGUGGAGAGCGACACCUUAUGCACCUGGAGCUGGAUAUCUCCAAUUCCAAAAUCAGGUAUGAGUCUGGGGACCAUGUGGCAGUGUACCCAGCCAAUGACUCUUCUCUGGUGAAUCAGAUUGGUGAGAUCCUGGGCACGGAUCUGGACACGAUCAUGUCCCUAAACAAUUUGGACGAGGAAUCCAAUAAGAAACAUCCCUUCCCCUGCCCCACAUCCUACCGUACAGCCCUGACGUACUACCUGGACAUCACCAACCCACCCCGCACCAAUGUCCUCUACGAGCUGGCCCAGUAUGCCACGGACGCUAGCGAGCAGGAGCGCCUCCGCAAAAUGGCAUCGUCUGCUGCCGAGGGGAAGGCUCUCUACCUCAGCUGGGUGGUGGAGGCCCGGAGGAACAUCUUGGCCAUCCUGCAGGACAUGCCCUCGCUGCGCCCACCCAUCGACCACUUGUGUGAGCUCCUGCCCCGCCUGCAGGCCCGCUACUACUCCAUUGCCUCCUCCUCCAAGGUUCACCCCAAUGCCAUCCACAUCUGUGCUGUGACGGUGGAGUACGAGACCAAGACAGGACGUCUGAACAAAGGGGUGGCCACCAACUGGCUCAAGAGCAAGGUGCCCAAUGAGAAUGGGAGCAACUCCCUGGUGCCCAUGUAUGUCAGGAAGUCGCAGUUUCGCCUGCCCUUCAAACCCAGCACACCCGUCAUCAUGAUUGGACCGGGAACUGGCAUAGCCCCCUUCAUAGGCUUCAUUCAGGAACGGGCUUGGCUGAAGCAGCAGGGCAAGGGGGUGGGCGAGACGGUGCUUUACUAUGGCUGCCGCCAUGAGCGUGAGGACUACCUGUACCGUGAGGAGCUGGCCCGCUUCCACCAGGAGGGAAUCCUCACCCAGCUCAACGUCGCCUUCUCCAGGGACCAGGCUGAGAAGGUUUAUGUUCAGCACUUACUGAAGAAGAACAAGGAAAGCAUCUGGAAGCUGGUUAAUGAGGGGAAUGCUCAUAUCUACGUGUGCGGUGAUGCUCGCAACAUGGCCCGGGAUGUGCAGAACACCUUCUACGAGAUCGUGGCCGAGUUUGGGAACAUGAGCCAGCCCCAGGCCAUGGACUAUGUAAAGAAACUGAUGACGAAGGGCCGGUACUCUUUGGAUGUCUGGAGCUAA